CUAAUUAUCAGUUAUCACUCCCCAUAUUGUCUUCAGUUUCUAAGCUUUAGCUACAUAUUAAAUAUAUCAUCAUCGAUCAAAAUUAUGGCAGCAAGCACAGCCAGCAUCCCAUCUCACAUAAAAGCUUGGGUCUACAAUGAAUAUGGAAACAUUGAAGAGACUCUCAAGCUUGACUCAAACGUAGCUUUACCACAACUCAAGGAUGAUCAGGUUCUCAUCAAGGUUGUGGCUGCAGCCCUUAACCCUGUUGAUUAUAAGAGGGCCCUUGGAUUUUUCAAGGACUCUGACUCUCCAUUCCCAACUGCUCCAGGGUAUGAUGUGGCUGGUGUGGUGGUGAAAGUGGGAAGCGAAGUGAAGAAAUUCAAGGUUGGAGAUGAAGUUUAUGGUGAUAUAAAUGAAUAUGCUGUGAAUAAUCCAAAAGCUAUUGGGUCAGUGGCAGAGUAUACUAGUGCUGAAGAGAACGUGUUGGCUCACAAACCCUCUAAUUUGAGCUUUAUUGAAGCUGCUAGCCUCCCUGCAGCAAUCAUCACUGCUUAUCAAGGUCUUGAGAGAGUUCAAUUUUCUUCUGGAAAAUCUAUACUUGUUCUUGGAGGUGCUGGUGGAGUUGGAAGUCUUGUUACUCAGCUAGCCAAGCAAGUUUUUGGUGCAGCUAAGGUAGCAGCUACCGCUAGUACCGGAAAACUGGAGCUGUUAAGGAAGUUAGGAGUAGACUUGCCAAUUGAUUAUACAAAGGAGAAUUUUGAGGAGCUGCCACAAAAGUUUGAUGUUGUGUAUGAUACAGUAGGACAAACUGACAAGGCAUUGAAGGCAAUUAAAGAAGGGGGACAAGUAAUAACAAUAGCAGGACCUGCAAGUCCACCUGCAAUAUGGUUCUUUCUCCAUUCAGAUGGUGCUGUUUUGGACAAACUCAAACCUUAUUUAGACAGUGGCAAGGUGAAGCCAGUGUUGGAUCCAAAGAGCCCUCUUCCAUUUUCUAAGGCAAUAGAAGCAUUUGCCUACCUCAAGACCAAUAGAGCCACUGGAAAAGUAGUUAUACAUCCAAUCCCAUAAGCAGCAUAUAAUGCAUGUUCAAUAUUUCUAGUUAAGUGAAGGUGUGUGCAUGUAAUAAAUCCAUCUGAAAAUGGUGGAUGUAAAAUAAUUGCACACAUUGGUUGUGUCUUGUUGACAAAAAUAAUUAAGAGCAUGUAUGAUAAUACUAUAUAUGGUUUAUACUUGGCUGGUAGCCAUGUUAUUAAUACAUGAAAAUGUUAUAUUCUUGUUACUGUAAAAUAAUAAAU